AUGGGGUAUGAUAUUCUUUGUUACACCUGUCUUAACCAACAGUUUGUUGUUACAAACGUUGGGGUGUGGGUGAAGCGGAAGGAAGGGGAGGAGCAUCUACCACCGUAUAUUAGCGGUAAUAUAAAAUGGAUUCUACCGAUGCCUUACUAUGAAAACAAAUCGAACAUGUCUUCAGACGAAGAAGAUGUUACCUCCUCUAUCAUAUCAUCGGAGCCGCUUAAAGUUGCUAUGUGGACGGUAGCCUUGGUGACAGUUUUUGGCAAUGCUGCUCUACUUGUCGUCAGACAAUUCCUUAAAAAAGAUACUCCUUCAUACGCGGUUCUUUUCACGGCAUUGUCAGCGUUCCACUUUCUCAUGGGUACUUACAUCGCUAUAGUUGUAUCUCUGGACCUGUAUUCAACACAUGGAGGCAUACUCAACGACGAGUGGGACAAUGUGUGCAUUUUUCUUGGAUUUCUGGUAUCAUUUGCAUUCCAGAUGGCUCUUGCUGUCGUUUCGACAAUCGCCAUCAGCUUGUUUAUGCAACAGUUGUUUCCCAGAAAACUUAAAAGAGGCAAGAACUAUGCAGGCUUGUUCAGGAUUAUUGUGCUGGUGGAAGUGGCUUGUAUUGCUUUGCUGUCUGCGUUGCCCUACACAUCACUGCCGUACUUCAGCGACGUGGAAACACAGAGCCAUGUUUUUUGUCUCAGGAUAUUCUUCCCCUCUUCCUCAGUAUGGACGUACAGUGCUUUUAUUCUAGCAAGUACUUCAAUUACCGAAUGGAACGUACAUAAUCUCACAGAACGGGGAAUGCUGAAGUUUUUCCAUCCUUCUAGAGCAAAGUUUUGGGAGAAUGAGAUCAAGGUUCUUCUCAAAAUGUCCGCAACCCGACAGCAUCCGAACAUUACCGAAUACUUAUGGCAUUCCGACAGUGAUCAUACAGUGGUUAGAGAUUGUCCGGCCAGUACAUGGUGUCAUUUGGCAUAUCAUACUAGGUAUAUUAGCACAGUCUCCUACAAACACGGGUCACUGAGAAGCUUCUUGAUUAAUCAUAAAAGUAAUAUAUCAGAUGCCAAUAUUCAUAUGAUAGCCAAUCAGGUGACGGAUGGACUGCGAUAUUUGCACGAGAUAGGCAUAGUGCACAAUGACGUCACAGCCACGAAUAUUCUGAUUGGCGGAGUUGUACAGACAAUGGUGCUCAAAGUUGUGAUAUCGGAUUUCACAAAGUCAUUGGAUACAUCGUCAUGUUUCAACAGUUCAGUGCCAGACCUACACCAGCGUCGCACGAUAGCCAUGCCACAUAUCCCGGACGUGAAAAGACGAGCGCCCUCUUGUGGCAAUACGAACUUUUUUGUGGAUAUCCGCUCAUUCGCGCUAGUGUUGUUCGAAAUGUUGGCAUGGUUACAGCACAGCAAGCUGCAUUGUUCGCCAGUUAAGACUCUACCUCAACAAAGUAAAAAUUCGAAUCAAAAAGUAAUUUAUAACACGCCCGCUGGACAAGUCUCGUACAAUUUGCCUGUCAAACCCAAUAAUGAAAGCGAUAAACACUUAUGUCCAAUCCAGUCAAAGAAGUUGUUCGAGCAAAUACAUCGGUUAUCGGUCUCUAACACCGCCAUUAUGCAGACCCCGUCAAGUAUGAGUUCUUACAGUGGGGUAUCUCAGUGUAGUUCAUCGACGCCAAAACUAAUACGCUUUACAGAAAAGACUAAUAUCACAACAAAAGCCAUUGCUACCAGACCACUGACGUCACAGGCUCCUGAGCUGGAGAAUGUUCUGACAGUGCAACAAGCUUCACACGAAAACCAAAUGGAUACCACGACAGACAGAGAAUCACCGUCCAAAUUUAGACACUCGCCUGGCAGUCCGUUUAAAGCUAUACCUACGAAAUAUAACAACUUUGUUUACUCACCUUCAACACCUAAUAUGGAGUUAGUCGCAGACUUAGAACGGACGUGCGACCAAUCCGAGGACGACUUUGAGGUGUGUGGAACAGGUAAUGUGACAUUAAAAGAAGACGUUAUGACAAACCACUCAUGGAAAAACGAGUCUAAAGUCUCGAAAACGACAAAAGCCAUUGGAAAGAGAAUAUACACAGAGGCUUGGUUGCAAGAUAGUGUGCAGUCGGUUAAACAUUGUGACGCGAUGAUUCCAGCUGAAAAUAAAGAACUCGGCAACCAGGACAGAAUUUUAGUUCUCAGCCCAGAUUCGAAAGUCUAUUAUGAGUACGAGACGGAUGAAAACAGGAGCACAAUAGAGUCAGUUGCAAGCAGCUCAUUUAUCACAUCGCCUCAACGCGAAUAUAUAGACUUUGGUCGUAAAAGCGAUAUGAACGUGUUGCAUGAAUUACACGAGGAACCGAACCACUUAUAUCUGGCGCGUACCAGUCGACAUCUCAGUCGAUUUCAAAGAAUCCGUCAGAAGUCUCAAACCAUGAUGAAUGGCGCGGGGAGAAUGGCGGAGCCUGAUUUGAUUGAACAACUGCCAAACUGUCUUGGUGGUGUUGACGACGCUGAUAGUGGCACUGAGACUAUGACAGGUUGCGAAAAUCCAGUAUUUUCAGCGGCCGAGGAAACUGACGACUUAGAUGAAUCGUCUUCCUUUCAAAAGAUGAAAAUUGUGAACCAAAAAAUGUUCUUCAAAACUGUGGAGAUUCCGUCUGUGGAUAAAGUUAUCGGUUUCGGGGACGUUUCCAAUACCGUAGUUAAACCAGAGGUUGCUACGAUCUCGACAGCAAAUAAACAACUCGUCGAAACACAAGAUAAAUGCAACGAUAAAUGUAAGCGGUUCUCUCAGUCAGAUAGCGUGAGUAGUGCUGAUAGCGGAUUUUCAUCAAGACACACAUCGGAAAGUAGCUGCCCACCAUCCAAGCCAUCGGCAUUGUAUCGCCAGGCACCGAUAAACGGAAACAGACGACUGAACUUAGCUCAACGGAUGCAAAAGUUUGCAUCUGCCAGGAAAAAAAAGAAACGCGCACAAGCAUCGCCGUUUCAUUUCAAAAAUACACCUGGUUCAAGAGACACUAUUUACGCAACGAAUGCUGAUUUGAACGUUCCCUUUCAAACGUAUUCAGUGCUCAAGCAAGUGUUGGAAACAGGAACAGUGACUCCGGUUCCUAGCCAGAAAUCGGAGCCUGAAAUACCUGAGAAACUUGACACGAAAAAACAAGAGACAACUUACACACACGUCUCAGUUCCCGAUAAGCAACAAAUUCACUAUGUAAAAAUUCCCGUGACGUCGGUUGAAGCAGUCAAUCAACAAGAAGAAGACAGGCCACAGAGCUCCCUUUCAAAAUUUUACGUAAAAAGAACUAGUGCAAAACCGUUAGCAAAAAGACUUGCGCCUCAACCACCUUCCACCAAAAUUGAACUAAAGGCAGGGGCGGCGGCGGUGGCGACGACGACGGUGAAACAGACACCACUAUCUUCCAGUGAUUCUACAAAUACUAACAAAUCAAUUAUAUCGACGAAUCGACCAUCAAGCGGCAAGUUGAAGGUCGAACCAGUGCCAAUAUUAGUAAAGCCAACAAGUAUUGUGACAGAAAGGACGUUUAACAUGCGAGAUAUUUCCAAUAUAAAACCAAGGAACUACCUCUAUGCUCCCUACCUGAACGCUUGUCUAUACCAUCAAACACAGAUACCGUCCAAUCAGAAACUGACAAGCCGAAUUUUGUCACAAGUGCAACCAAAUCAGAAACAAAUCCGGUGA